AUGGUAGAGAUAAUCAAGACACCCAUAGCAGAUGAUGUAAGGUUAAAUACUGCUGGAGAUCCUAAGCUUAAAGACAUCACCAGUGAAGUUAGGCUACAGCAAAAGGCAAUGGAGAAGCCAGCUGCAAGCAAGGCACCACCGAGUGCACAUCGUGAUUUGAACCUCUUUAGGAUACUGCUACAACUAUCACACCGGUUAUUUACCACCGGAUUGAAACCAAUCACCAACUCGCUACCCGAGAUGCUCUUCUUUUGCAUCAGCCAUUUGAUCUUGCUUUACAUUUUCUUCUUGAUUGCCAUUUUCAAGAACUUCCAAUUCGCCUACCGCAAGAGCUAUUUGAAAGUGCUUUCCUUGACCUAUUACCCGAACAAAUCGCCCCAGAUUAUCCGCGAUGACGUUAACAAGUUGAAGAAGAUCCCCAAGUCCGUUGCGUGCAUACUAGAUUUGAAAGAAGAGGGCGAAGAAAAUGGUGGCAAGGAUGGGUUCAUCAGUCAGAUUAGCGAGUUGGCUGCGUGGACCGUGAGUGCCGGGAUUGGCCGAUUAGUUAUCUACGAGUACACGGGUGCACUCAACCAGAACUACGAAGGUGUGGUUGACUUGAGCAAAAGCGUGGUGAGGAAUUUCAUUUCAUACUACGGCAGCGAAGCUGUGCCCAAGUUUUCAAUCAAGGUGCCUCACAAGAACCUCAUACUUUACAGUGACGAGUCAAUAGGCAAAAACCCCGAAGGCCAAAAACCGGUUGACUUGCAAAUUGAUCUAUUGAGCAGAGUUGAUGGAAAGCCCACUUUGGUGGAAUUGACCAGAACAAUGAGCGAACUAGCUGUCAAUGGGGAAUUGUCGAUUAACGACAUUACCAUCGACUUGAUUGAUGAAGAAUUGGUUGAAUUGGUUGGCCCGGAGCCGGACUUGUUGAUUUGCUUUGCCCCGUCUUUAAAUUUUCAAGAUUAUCCACCCUGGCAUAUUAGAUUGACCGAGAUCUUUUGGGAACCCGAUAACAAGGACGUCAAUUAUGCUGUGUUUAUCCGUGCAUUGAAGCAAUUCUCCUCCAGCAAGGUCAACGUGGGCAGGUGA